AUGAGUUUGGAAGCACAAUUCUAUGAAGCUCGACGUCGUCAAAAUUUCAUUGAACGCCGUCAAUCAUUUCAUACUCUCAACGACCUAAUCAAACAAGAGCAAAAGUCUGAAUAUGGGUCUUUGCAUAUCCCUGUUCGUCUAAUUCGUACAGAUGAAAAAGAUGGACGAUACACAUGUGUACCAAUGCAUCGUACUAAAUUGAAUACUAGUGAUCAAUCGAUAUAUCAACGAAAUCGAGAUAUUUAUCCACGACCACCACCAUUAACCAAUCGAAUAAAACGAGCUGUUCAACAUGCUAAACUUCGUCAUCGAUUUUCUUCAAUUGAAUACCUUCAACAAUGGUGA